AAGUGUUCUGCUGGUGACAGUAAACAGUCUAACCGAUAAUCACAGUAAUCACUAAUCAUCGUUAUUUGGUUCACUUUUUUGGCAUAUUCAUUUUCAAAUAUUGCCGAUUUUACGAUAGAAAUCACAGACAAAAUGUCUUUAGAUCAAACAGUGUGUGAAGAUUUAAAAGCCUUCGAGAGGCGACUCACAGAGGUUAUCUCUAGUUUACAACCAGCGACACUUCGAUGGAGAAUUCUGCUGGGCUUUAUUUCAAUUUGCACAGCUGUGGGCGCCUGGCAUUGGCUGAGUGAUCCAAACACAUCAGCAGUCUCAUUUACACAAAGUUUAUAUAAUCAUCCCUUCUUCACAAUUGCCAGCAUCUUAUUAGUAAUUCUGUUCAUGCUGGGUGUGCACAGAAGAGUCAUAGCUCCUAGUAUCAUAACCCAAAGAGCUCGGAGUGUCCUAGGCGAUUUCAACAUGAGUUGUGAUGACACUGGAAAACUGAUUCUGAAGCCAACAAGACCACCCCAUCCACACGAAACUUAAAAAUUUCGUGCAGUUUUUUUUUCUUGCGCUAAAAGGAACUGAAAAAUGGGAGUGAAAAAAAUCAGUUUUUGCACGCUUGUAAA